CUUGGGGAAGUAACUCAACUGACAAUAGAAAUCUACUAAGACUCUGUCUUUUGAUGCAUGUGACAGAAAGAAAGUGAGAGAAACUGCAGACUGGACUCAAACUGGCGGGGAGAACAAGUGAACCGAGAGACUUACUACAACCUGAAAACCAGGCACUGCACCUCCACCUGUGUAAACCAACAUCAGCUCUAUGACUGUGAUACACAGGUUGAACCUAACCAUGGCAUGGCUCAUGGUUGCAUUUGCAACCCUACUUUUGGCCACUCAAGUUAGUUCUCAGGAAAUGCCCUACAAGCACCUGAUGUCUCAGCUUCAGGAAUGUCCAAAAGAAUGCCGUUGCCCUCCUAGCUUCCCUAACGCUGUUUACUGUGAUAACAAAGGCCUGAAACGCAUACCUGUCCUCCCUCCCUACACUUUGUAUGUGUAUCUCCAAAACAACCUCAUUGAUGUCCUCUCGGCUGACGCUCUGCGCAAUGCCACACAACUAAGGUGGAUCAACCUCAGCCGCAAUAAAAUCACAAGCGAGGGCUUGGAGAUUGAUGCUCUUAGGGCCAUGACCAACCUUGUACAUCUUUACAUGGAAGACAACUUGCUCACUUCCAUUCCAUCUCCUCUGCCUACCAGCCUAGAGCAGCUGCGGCUCUCCCGGAACAGAAUCUCCAAGAUUCCUGCUGGUGUCUUCUCUGGGAUGGACCAUCUCACCUUGCUGGAUCUGCAAAGCAACAAGCUUCAGGAUGAUGCAGUAACUGAGGUCAGCCUGAAAGGUCUCAGCAACUUGGUCCAAAUCAACUUGGCGAAGAAUCAGCUAAACAGCAUGCCCCUCGGCUUACCACCCACAACUUCACAGAUCUUUCUGGACAGCAACAACAUUGAGAAGAUCUCUGCUGAUUAUUUCAAGGGACUUCCCAAGGUGUCAUCUCUCAGGCUCAAUCGGAAUAAGCUAGGCAAUGGAGGGAUCCCAAAAAAUGUGUUUAAUCUUUCCAGCAUCCUGGAUCUACAGCUCUCUCACAACCAGCUUACUGAGGUGCCCAUCAUCUCCACUGGCCUGGAGCACCUACAUCUGGAUCACAAUAAGAUCAAGAGUGUGAAUGGAUCUAACAUAUGUCCAGCUCCCACAGCAGCCCUUGAUCACUACUUUGAUGAGAGGGGUCCUCGUCUCCGCUACCUUCGCCUCGAUGGUAACGAGAUCAAACCCCCUAUUCCACAAGAUCUGAUGAUGUGUUUCCGUCUCCUCAGGGCUGUUGUCAUAUAAAGGACUUAUACCUGCUGGAUACUCCUGUCCAUUGCAUCUACCAGAACUAAAACACUUGAAAAGGACAAUUUGAAAAGUCUAAGAUUAAAUAUUGAACUUUAUAAGUACCCUGCUCAAAAGACCAGCUUAGGCCAGCAUGAAUUUCCAUGAAUUAUCCUUUGCUGGUCUUUUCAGUGGAGCUAAGAUGUAUGAGACUAGUUCUAAUGUGUAUUAGAUGGUUUCUCAAGUGGCUAUAUUUUAAAACCACUGUGCCUUCCUUUAAUUUUAUACAUAUGGAAAACUAGCAAGUCUGCUCUCUGGGAAACAUUGUCUGUUAAAUAUUAUAUAUACUGAAGAGGGCUCAAAGAUAAUUGUCCUGAUAUCCAAGUUAUUUCCUCUGUGUAGAAGUUAUUUAAUUUCGAAUAAAUCUGCCUCAUCAGACAUUGUAAUACCCCAAAACCAGUUUACCUCUCCACACUAUUCUGGGAUGUUUUUGGACAGCAAAGUUGUGGUCUUUUGUCUGAUUAUGGAGCCAAAAUUUUCUUUGUAGUGAACUUAGUACAUAGUGGUGGUGUAUUAUAUUUAAAGCAUGGUUACACUCGUCGCUACAGCAGUAACAGAGUUUGAAAAUAGAUCAGCUUUAUAAAUUGUAAUUUUUUUCUUGCCUAUGUGUCAUACACUUUUCCAUUGCAGUUUACAUAUAUUCUUCAAUUACUUUGUUUCUUUUAAAGCUGUGAGAUCAUAUGCACAGUUAGAUCAUUUAUUUACAGACAAAAACAUCUUUGUACAAUCAACAUUGUCUAGCUUGUUGCUAAAGAUGUUAAUUCCUGAUGACUCUGUGGAAUGUUGUAACCUAUGCUAGUUACGUUGGACUUUGUAACAUGCAGACAGGCAACGGACGAAGACUGAAGAAGAAGAUGAUGGUGUGAACCCAAGUGCAGCUUUAUUUACAGUGAAAACAAAAGCAUGAACUAAACAAAAACUAGACUAGACCUGAACAUUACAAUAACUAUGUUCAACAAAGGACAAUGGCAAACACGAUGGCUGAAAUACACAAGGACUAUCAAGAUUAAAAAGACACAGCCAGGGAACAAUCAAGACAGGGAGGAAUCAGGAAUUGGAAAUAGUGACAAGACAAGAACCAAACACUAAAUUUCAAAAUCAAAGUCCAACAUAACUAGUGCCCUACUGGCCGCUAGGGAGAACACAUACUUUACACAUGUACUGAUAAUUUAUGUAGUGUUUUAUAUGAUCAAGCACUAAAGCUUCAUUCAUUGUCAUUCAUUUUGAGAGAAGCAUCCAUUUUGGGAAAACAUUGACUGUUUUACUAAUUCAUAUACUCAGUGUGACAAUCUACCAGUGGACAUUCUAGACUAAUUUUAAGAUUUAUUUUUCUCUGAAGUCUCAAAUAAUGUGAAUAUUGUUUUUUAUCGCACAACUUUGAUCAAAUAUUCUUCUUUUCUCUUCAUUUAACACCGCAAUCAUCUUGGUAGAAAAAAUGAUUUUACUAACUGUGAGAACCAUUCAGACGGUGCUUUGUCAGAGGUACAAUUCAAGAUGUGAUACUUUUAUUUGAUUUUCUUGAUUAAACUGGUUUCAAUGGUC